AUGACCAACACGGGUGCUCCGACUCAGCCAGCGGACACUACCUGCAGUGAGAACAACAUGCCGCCAACAGCGUCUCCGCAGGUAACUCUACAACCUGCUCCUGUUCCCUCGUCCAUUUUACCUGCAUUGCAGGAUCCUGCUGGUUCAACUACACCACCAUUGGAUGAUUACGGCAAGACCGAAGUGCCCGUUUCUGUCACCACGGCGCCCCAAGAAGAACCGACCCAGGGCCCAGAGCCACCGAGCUACGGCGAGCCUUCUCUCGGAGGAUUUAGCCCAGACCGCAGCUCGAGCCCUAGUCCUCCUGAUUAUUCUCCCGCUGAGCAACCUACGCCAUCUACAGACAGCGUUCCUGACCCAUAUUCGCCAGACCAAGGCUACAAUGAGCCUCCACCAACUGCAAACUGCUCGUCCUCGUUUGCGCCGGACGUUUUUCCUUCAGAGACAACACUCUGGCCCAAGGCAUCCAACACGGACGAUCCCCAGGAUCAGCCACCUGUCCCCUCUCAAGUCCCAGGAUCCUAUACAACCCGCACCCAUGUUCCACCGUUUACCACUGUCGGCGGCCUGGCCUUUCUCGCCGCCAUGAUCAUCUGAGGGCCACGUUAUGAAGGUUUCUCGGCAGCAGUAUCUCAGUCAUCAGCCUUGAAGAUUUUUGGAGCGAAAUGUUAGCUGGUUGAGGUUCGAAGCAAGUGUGAUAAUAC